GGCCAAUCAUAAGUAAAGCCAAAAUAUUCCUCCAACGGUUGUGGUUGUUAAAUCUGAAUCGGGAUGAACUACUGCCAAAAAAGGAAGGUGAUGAAUGGAAGAAGUUUUCUACGGAAUUGAAAGUUAAAAGUAAAGUAGAAGUUGAGAGGUUUAUUAUUAUUGCAGAAGUAGAAUACGUGGAACUUAAUGGAUUUCCAGAUGCCUCUGAGGUAGCAUACGGAGCAGCCAUAUAUUGCAAGUUCCCUUCGAGAGAUGGAGAAGUGACGACAAGGCUAGUGACUAGUAAAUCCAGAGUCUCGCCUAUAAAACGAGUUACUAUUCCGAGAGGGAAGUUUUGUGUGGCAGUCGUGCUUGCAAGGCUAAUUGUUAGAGUAAUAUCUGCAUUAGAGAUUUCUGUGAACAACGUGUAUCUGUGGACUGACUCCAUGAUCGUACUUUCGUGUAUACAAAGGGAGCCUUACCAAUUGAAGACUUUUGUUGCAAAUCCAGUGGCAACAUUUCAAGAGUUGACUAAUGAUCAUCAGUGGCGUCAUGUGUCAUCAAAGGAGAAUCCGAGUGAUUUUAUAUUCCAAUGUUUGGACCCAAGUAAACUUCUACAAAAUGAUAUGUGGUGGAAAGAUUCUCUGUUCCUGAAGAACAACUAG